GACUUGCCAGAGCUCCCCAUCAGUCCUCACCGUGCCUCUGGAAGCAAAGGGAAGGCAGCUGUGGGAUCCUGGCUGAAUAGAGUCCAGUAUCUUAGCACCCUGCCUUCUGCUCCCACACCAUGAAAAUCCUGCUUUGUGACCUCCUGCUGCUCAGCCUCUUCUCCACCGUGUCCAGCAGCUGCCAGAAGGACUGUCUGACCUGCAGAGACAAGUUCCGCCUUGACAGCUUCAACCUUGAGGUAUGCAUCCUUGAGUGUGAAGGGAAGGUCUUCAGCAACCCUCUCUGGACUCCAUGCACCAAGGUCAUGGCCAGGGGUUCCUGGCAGCUCAGCCCUGCCGACCCAGAGCAUGUGGCAGCUGCCCUUUACCAGCCAAGCUCCUCCUCUGAGGUACAACUGAAGCGAAUGCCUCGCAUCAGGAGCUUAAUCCAAGCCCAGAAAGGGACAGAGCCCGGCAUGGAUAAGGCUGGAGAGAUGGAGCAGAAACAGCUGCAAAAGAGGUUUGGGGGCUUCACCGGGGCCCGGAAGUCAGCCCGGAAGUUGGCUAACCAGAAGCGGUUCAGUGAAUUUAUGAGGCAGUACCUGGUCCUGAGCUUGCAGUCCAGCCAGCGCCGGCGCACCCUGCAUCAGAAUGGUGUCCAGGUGAUCCCCAAAACAGCAUGUCUCCAGCCCCAGACCUGCCGGCUGGGAUUUGGGAUUCCUUCCUCCCCAAGGCACUGAGGCAGGCUUUGCCUCCAGGUCUCCACCCCAAUGUGGAGCCUCUCCCCGUCUGAUUGUCUUUCGCUCCCUACCCCACCCCUGCCACACACCCCCAUGGCAUGUUUCAUGAUAACCUUGUUGCUACAUCAGAGUGUAUUUUUGUAAUUCCUCCAGCUAACAUAUCAACGGCCCUGUCUUCCCUUCUCACUUCCCUCUUACCUCUUCCAGGGGUGGGUCAAAGGAACAGGAAAUCAAACCUGGGGUUUUGACUUGUCACUGCCAUAACUUGUUUGUAAAAGAGCUGUUCUUUUUGGCUGAUUGUUUUAAACAGAUAUUUCUCCAUUAAACUUCUACUCAGCAAAUGGUUAAUAAA